AAUAGGAAAACCGAGUCGAGUCGAGGAAUAUGAAGUCAGAGACGGUUUUGUGUGAAGUUGUCUGUGAAUUAGGUAAAAAAAAAAAAAAAAACGUGCAGAAAGGCAAACAGAAUUGUAAUUUUAUGAUGAUCCUUAUAAAGCCUUCUUAAACAAACACAUUUUUGUGUUUUUGAAGAGUUUGAAGACAGAAGAGAUUUCAAUCCAGCAGACUGAAUAUAUUCAUCUAUUUUGAAAAUGACACGUUCCUUGGCACAGUUGGUCAGAGACUACUUGGUGGAGCGUCGGAUACACCGAAACCGCCUAGUGACCAAAGAUGGUCAUUGCAAUAUAGAGUAUGGUCACGUGAGGUACAGCAAUCGCUUUGCUUACCUGCUAGACUUAUGGACCACCAUCUUGGAGCUUCGCUGGAGCUUUGUCAUGUUCUUAUUUACAGCUUCUUUUCUUUUCAGCUGGUUCUUUUUUUCAGUUGCCUGGUAUUGGAUUGCCUACAGUAACGGAGAUUUGUGGUGGCAAUACCCUCCGGCUGACCAUAAUCCCUGUGUAAUUAAUGUCUAUGGUUUGACUACUGCCUUCCUUUAUUCCCUUACAACCCAGAUGACUAUCGGCUACAGUAUCCGAGUCAUCACCCCAUUGUGCCCAGAUGCCAUCAUCCUUCUCGUUAUCCAGACUAUAACUGGUACAAUCAUUCAGAGCUUCUGGUGCGGAAUCGUUAUAUGCAAAUUUUCCUUGCCUAAGAAGAGAGCAAAAACAAUCAAUUUUAGUGAGACCGCUGUGAUCUCCCCCAAAGACGGCGCCCUCUGUUUGCAGGUUAGAGUGGCUAACCUUCGCAAAACUUUGAUGGUUGGAAGUAACGUUUAUGGAAAAUUGCUUAGAACAACUAUCACCCCCGAAGGUGAGACUAUCAUUAUGGACCAGAUCAAGAUCGAUUUUCUAGUCGACGCCGGGAAGGACAACUUGUUCUUCGCAUGCCCACUGACCCUAUAUCAUGUGAUUGACAAGACAAGCCCAUUCUUUGAGAUGGCAGUGGACACUCUUCAACAACAAGAAUUUGAGCUUGUAGUAUUUCUGGAUGCCACAGAUGAGUCCACCAACUUUUUUUGCCAGGUCAGAACGUCAUACAUUCCUCGAGAGAUCAUGUGGGGUUAUGAUUUUUUCCCCAUCAUAACUCGGAGCAAGGACGGAACAUACUGUGUGGACUUUUCUGAGUUUGCUAGAGUUGUACCUGUACUAACCCCACAUUGUGCCUAUUGCUUUAACAAUGAGACAGCCCAUAAUUAUGACUCCAGAUACAGCACUGAUGAUAAAGGACUGAGUUGUAGAAAAUCAUCUGUAAAUUUACGACGUUCUCACGUAAACUUUUAACUUGUAAUCUCUUGAAGUGAAUUGAGCUGGGUCAUGUGAAAUGUUUGAGCCAAUUUACUUGUUCCAAAAUAAUUCCAGUUUAGAAACAUGAAGCUAUCAACCAACUGCACAGUUCAUAUUACUAGAUGUUACUGAUCAUAACAGAUACAUGAAUGUUUUCUUAUCUUUAAAUAAUAAUCUGUGGCUAGAUAGAACGGCAUCAACAGGAUUUUAUUAUUUCUGGGGUUACAGAAAUCAAGGAAUCUCGGCAAUAUUCAGACGAGCAUGCAGUUAUUCAAAAUUACCGAAAAUUUGGGUGUGAUGUCAUCACAGUCAAAAACCAAAGCCCUGUUCAAUUUACGUAUAUUACAUGAGUACAGCUAUUAAAGAAA